UCGGGAACUAAAGUCAUUCAAACCCGAUAUUACGGACUCGAGAAAGUGAAAGCAGUGGUCAUACGGACCAGUUUCCAGACGGCCAAAGGCGAAUUGAUCAGGUCCAUUUUGUUCCCCAAACCUGUUGACUUUAAAUUCAAUCGACAUGUCAUUCAAUUUGUUUAUAUUAUGCUUUGUAUCGCAAUAUCGGGCUUUAUAUACACUUUUGUUAUCAAAAUCAAGCGCAAGGACGCCGUCGGAGAUAUCUUUAUCAAAGCCCUCGAUCUCAUCACAAUUGAAGUUAUAAUUUAUAAUAACUUUAUAUUUUAUAAAUCCUUCGCAUCCCUUACAGCGGUUCCGCCCGAACUCCCGGCCGCUCUGACGGUCGCCAAUCUCUUUGUGGACCAGAGAUUAAGAGCCCAACAAAUAUACUGCAUGUCUCCCAAAUCGAUCAAUAUGUCCGGUUGUGUGGACUGUAUUUGUUUCGACAAAACCGGAACACUUACCGAAGAUGAGCUCAGUUUGGCCGAAGUGUUGCCAACAAAUCUAACGAACAAACAUUUCUCGGAACCAAUUACUCGAGUAGACGAACAAGAAGUGUCUCCAGUGUUGAAAUGUUUGGCGAGUUGUCAUUCGUUGACAAUAUUGGACUCCAAUAUAAUCGGCGAUCCGUUGGAUAUAAUAAUGUUUGAGUCGACGAAAUGGACGUUAGAAGAGCCAGAAGUGAAUGACUCAAACAAAUUUGAUUUAUUGGCGCCGACUAUAGUGAAGCCAUCGAUCGAUUCGGGGAAAGUGGGGCCAGAGGUCGGUAUUUUACGUCAGUUCCCCUUCUCAUCCAAUUUGAGCCGAAUGUGUGUCAUUACAAGAGUUUUGGGCGAACACUCCUUUGAGGUCUACGUUAAGGGCGCUCCCGAAGUUGUGGCCACACUCUGCGACCCAAAUACUAUUCCCAAAGACUUUGACCGCAGAUUGACUUUUUAUACGGAAAAGAGUUUUCGUGUCUUAGGUCUGGCCUAUAGACCACUGGAAGGCAUGAAUUACAAGAGUGUUCAAAGAGCACAACGCGAAGAAUUUGAAGUCGAUCUCAUUUUCUUGGGAUUUGUUGUCAUGAAAAACAAUCUAAAGGAUAAAACAGUAGAAACUAUCGACACUUUAAAUAAAGCUAAUAUUAGGACACUUAUGGCAACCGGAGAUAAUUUAAUGACAGCCCUAUCGGUGGCACAAGAAUGCCAUUUAAUCGGGAAAAACGAUUCAAUUAUUAUAAUAGAUAGCUAUACAGACAGCGAAGGGGUGCCUAAACUUGAGUGCAAAUACAGAAAAACUAUUCACGAUAUAAACGAAUCGCCAAAAGAUGUGUCAAAAAGUAUUAAUUUAGACAUUGAGAAGAAGUCGGGUUUGGCUCUAACGGGACAGACAUUUAAAAUAAUACAGGAAUACUAUUCAGACCUUUUGCCAAAACUAAUUGUUUGCGGCGCUGUCUUCGCCAGAAUGUCACCCGAAAACAAACAACAGCUCAUCGAAUGCCUACAGAAAUAUGGAUACAUCGUCUCAAUGACAGGUAAUUCUUGUUGCGACGGCGCCAAUGAUGUCGGAGCUCUUAAAGCGUCCAAUUGUGGCAUCAGUUUAACGGAAACCGAGGCAUCUGUGGCCUCGCCUUUCACUUCCAAGAUUCCCAAUAUAUCUUGUGUUACGCUUUUGUUACGGGAAGGCAGGGCUGCGUUGGUCUCCGUGUUUGGUGUAAUCAAAUAUAUGGCCUGUUAUAACAUCACGUCUUUCAUCGCUGUUCUUAUCCUUUAUUGGUUCGAGUCCAAUAUAACAGAUAUCCAGAACUUAUACCAAGACAUGUGUAUUAUAUCUCUUUAUGUAAUUCUAUUUAGCCGAACGCCAGCCUAUGAGCACCUGUCACCCCGAAAGCCGCCGACCAGUCUUAUCAGUCUCUCUCAAUUGACAUCAAUCCUAUCCCAUCUGCUUCUUGUGCUUAUAUUUCAAGUGACGGCAAUUUUACUACUGAAGCAACAAACGUGGUAUAACGUCCACAUUCCUGAAGAGGUCAUCGAUUAUCAAUCGCAUAUCAAUUAUGCCGUUUUCAUCGUUCAAGUCUUCCAAUACAUAACACUAGCGAUUGUCUUCUCAAAGGGUCGUCCCUAUAGACAGCCGUUUUACACUAAUACGCCGGACAGACCUACCAAUUGGAUCGCAGAGUUCUUUGAAAUAGAGACGGAAGGCUUUACCUAUAAGUUUAGGGGUAUUUUGAUGUCACUAACUGUCGCUCACUUUAUUUCGGCCCUAUUUCUAGAGGAAUACAUAAUCGGAAAACUAAUUACAGAGAAAUUGAUUGGUUUAACGAAAGAGACUAAAUAUGAAAAGAUUAAGAAUCACUGUCACGACAGCGAUUGGAUCAGUUCUUAGUGAUUAUCGGAUAUAAAUUUAACGCAUUUAGUGUUUAACAACAGUUUUGAUAAUUUUAUUGGCC